CUGAGCCCAGACAGCGGAGCAGGGAGGUGCUAGCGAGAGGCAGGCACAGCCCCGCCGGCUGCCUGCGGCUCAGCGCCGACUGUGCUGCGUCCCUGGGUUCUGCUUUCUCCCACCUCUGCUCAAGCUCCCGCAAAACUUUAUUCUCUUGGGCCCUCCCCCCUGGGUGUCUGAAGGAAUCGGAACACUCGGCCGGCUCUGCGCUCCCCUGCAGCAGCGGCGAUCGAGAGACUUGAAUCCCCUGCCCGCCGGGCUCUCGCGCCCCGCGCCUCCUCACCUGCUGAUCGCUCCUCAGAGCGGCGAGUGGACAUCCGCGGAGAGGCCGCGUGGGCGCCAGCGCCUUCGAACUCGCGCGCUCCCCGCGGCAGACCCGCCCGGCGCAACUUUAACUUGAUUCCUCUCGCCCAGUUGGGGCACCGGCUGCUGCUGCUGCUGCUCCCCCCGCCGUCGCGGCCGCCGCCGCAGCCGCCGCCUCACAAAGGGGUGCAGGGAGCAGAGGCGGCGCAGGCGGCGGGCACCGGCGCCGGUGCGCAGGGCGCGGGCCUUUAGGUCGCCGAGGCCCGGAGACAAAAGGGAGACUGCCUGUGUUCGCAGACGGCUCCUCCGCCUCCUGCCCGGCUCCGUGAGCCUCCUCCCGCCCACCUCGGCUGCUUGCUCUGCCUUCCUUUCAGCGCGCCGUCCCUGCAGUGCUCUGGGACCCGGCAAGCCUUCGGGGCGCGCGUCGCUGCUGGUGUUCGGGCUCUAGCGAUAAUAAAUGAUAGAGGAUACAAUGACUUUGCUGUCUCUGCUGGGUCGCAUCAUGCGCUACUUCUUGCUGAGACCCGAGACGCUCUUCCUGCUGUGCAUCAGCUUGGCGCUGUGGAGUUACUUCUUCCACACGGACGAGGUGAAGACCAUCGUCAAGUCCAGCCGGGACGCGGUGAAGAUGGUGAAGGGCAAGGUCGCUGAGAUCAUGCAGAACGAUCGGCUCGGGGGGCUGGACGUUCUGGAGGCCGAGUUUUCUAAGACCUGGGAGUUCAAGAGCCACAACGUGGCCGUGUACUCCAUCCAGGGCCGGAGGGACCACAUGGAGGACCGAUUCGAAGUUCUUACGGACCUUCCCAACAAGACUCACCCGUCCAUCUUCGGGAUCUUCGACGGGCACGGGGGCGAGACUGCAGCUGAAUAUGUAAAAUCUCGACUCCCAGAGGCCCUUAAACAGCAUCUUCAGGACUACGAAAAAGACAAAGAAAAUAGUGUGUUGUCUUACCAGACCAUCCUUGAACAGCAGAUUCUGUCAAUUGACCGAGAAAUGCUAGAAAAAUUGACUGUAUCCUAUGAUGAAGCAGGUACCACGUGUUUGAUUGCUCUACUAUCAGAUAAAGACCUCACCGUGGCCAACGUGGGUGACUCACGUGGGGUCCUAUGUGACAAGGACGGGAACGCCAUUCCUUUAUCUCAUGAUCACAAGCCUUACCAACUGAAGGAAAGAAAGAGGAUAAAGAGAGCUGGUGGUUUCAUCAGUUUCAAUGGCUCCUGGAGGGUCCAGGGAAUCCUGGCCAUGUCUCGAUCCCUGGGGGAUUAUCCGCUGAAAAAUCUCAACGUGGUCAUCCCAGACCCAGAUAUCCUGACCUUUGACCUGGACAAGCUCCAGCCCGAGUUCAUGAUCUUGGCAUCAGAUGGCCUCUGGGAUGCUUUCAGCAAUGAAGAAGCCGUUCGAUUCAUCAAGGAGCGCUUGGAUGAACCUCACUUUGGGGCCAAGAGCAUAGUUUUACAGUCAUUUUACAGAGGCUGCCCUGACAAUAUAACAGUCAUGGUGGUGAAGUUCAGGAAUAGCAGCAAAACAGAAGAGCAGUGAGCCCUUCGGGGUCUUAGCUGCCUUAGACUAAAGGACUUUCAACACAUUGGUCUCUUUUAAGGUAGUGAAACGUGUGGAAGUUAAGUUAGGGUCAUCCAUCCCAGAUAUGGGAUCCUCUCCCUGGUGGUCUUAGGUCUGCAGUGAUGAUGGAGAGAGGGCACUCUUGGUCGAAACAGUUGGGAGGCUGGAAAAAGCUUUCUUCAUGUUUCCCAACUCUUUCGUCCAGUGUUCAAAAUCUAUAAAUAUGUAGUUGUAGAUUCACAUGUAUGAAGUCGAAUGGCAUAUGCGCCAUCUAUUCUCCCUUUUAAGAUUCUUUUCUAGGCCCCCUCCCAGGGUCCUUCAGGCAUCAGGCUCUGUGUGCUCUAUUUGGAGCAGUGACCAGGACAGGCCUCCCCGAGCUGCAGGAGACAGGCCGUGGCAUCCCCUGUUAAUCAGGGCCCAUGCGACAGGGCCCUUUGCUGAGGGCACAGCUGUCCUGAGAAGGCUCUGUCCUCCUAAGCCCAGGUUUUCUCCUUAGCAGCAGCCCAGAAACAGAUUGGGAAUGAUCUGUUAUUCCGAGGCUGCUCCUGGAGACUGAGGGAGCCCGGAGGAUGACAGCCGCCUGCGCCGCGGAAACAACCGUUUUCUCUCGCUCCUUUAUUAGCGCAAUAGACUUUGUGUGUCACCUGACUAGUCUUUGUGUGUUUAUCCUAAUCGUGCAUGACCUUAACCUUUUGCUUACACCUUACCUUAUGUAAUAGGCAGCUGUUAAACAUCACUACCAGACACGAUUUUUUGUCUUUCAUUUCCAAGGAACCUGUUAGCGGAAGUGAAAAAAGCAAAUCACAAUAUUGUAAUUCCUUCCAUCUUUAAGGGUAGAUAGAGGAAAAUAAUGACUGAAUAAGUCACAGUGUCCCUUGGGAAGGCUGUUGUUUGCAUUGGGAGAGAAAGCUGGUGAGGUUACCACCCUGCACUGAGCUUCAGCUGUGUGUGUGUGUGUGUGUGUGUGUGUGUGUGUGUGUGUCCUCUCCUACCCUAGUAGCUUUCAAGUGUUUUUCAAGCAGUGUUCUGAGAAGCGGCAUCCUAAAACUGCAUGUGUGUUCCUUGAAGCUGAGGACAGAGAUCCCAGCCACAUUUUGAAACUUGGCGGUAAACUGCUGGGAUGUGCAUGACCUCCCAAUGGAAAAGCAGCAGCCUUUAACAUCUGGCUGCAAAUCACCAUCCACAGCGGGUAGCUUUCCCCCAGCAAACCAUUCAGGGGCAACCGAGCAGGUUGAUUGGAAAUUCCGGCUCACACCUGCAUUGUUAAGCGGCUCAGAGCUCUUUGGGGGCCAGGCUUGCUGCUGUCCAUUUCCUAUCGCCAGAGUCAUGUUUCCAGUCUCAUAUUUUGUAAGUUAAUUGACAGAAACUGCUAGGUCAUCCUGUUUGCCUGACUAAAGUGGCUCAAACAGCCAAGCAAGAUUUUCGUCAUGUUCCUGGUCCUCUGUGUCUGAAAUGCAGGGUGUCCGCCUAGUUAUGCUUUUUCUGAGUGGGCAUUUGUCGUUACAGCUUCUCAAAAGCCACAUUCAUCGGCCACCCCCUGCCUUUCUUCAGCUUGGAGCUUCGCUGAAGCAGGUUCUAGGAGAGAACUGGGACGCUGAAAAGCUUUCCCUCUGGCUACCAAGUACUGCAGUCUCCUUCAGUUCCUUGGAGCACUGAACCUUUCUUUGACCGCAAUGAGUUAAUAAUGAUGUCCCAAGGGUUUGCUUAUGUUUGUAAACUGUAACAUAAAAUUUCCAACAUUAGAAUUAGAACCUUGGUUAUUUAUCUUUUUUAGCUAUGGAAUGUUCUAGUACAAAAUAUCUACCACCAUUUUAGACUGAGGUGUUUGUCGGUUGAGAGGCACUGAACAUUUGGAUUGUAUGUAUUUGGGGUGGGGUCGGGAGGGGAAUGUGGGAAGCCUGCUGGCUGUGGUCAGUGAUGGGACAGUCAGGCCAGGUGGCCUGAGUUUGCAUGGAGAUUUAGGACCUUCUGUCUUGAGAGUUCCCAAAGCCCCCCCAUCUAACUGAAGUUCAGGAAGAAGCGAUUUCAGCAUUUUACGGCACACAGACAAUUUUUUUUUCUUUUUAACUUAACCCCAAAAUUCACAAUAACAAGGAAAAGACAUUUUAAAAUUCCAUGAUUCUUGUUUUUGUCUAAAAUGAAAAUAAGUAAUGUUUAGCUAAAGAUGAAAAAGAAAAUACUGAAUUAGUAAAUUAGUGUUUAUUUGCCCUACAAAAUAAUAGACAGUGCUGAGUGUAGGAUUGCAUGACUUUCUCUCUAAUUGAGGUUUGUUCACAAGACAUCUUCUAAAUUUUGCUGUGGAGAAUUUAUUCCUUUCUGACUUUAACCAAGUAAUGUGUGUACGUCCUCUUCCCUUUCUGCCUCUUUUCCUCCCACCUUGGCUUGUAGAUUUUUAAAAGAUAGACGUUCUAGGCAAAAUAGUAGCAGUUUGAUUAAUACCUGAGUCUAAAAUUCGAGUACUUGGCCCUUUCCCCUGCCCUGGAUCUCUCGCCCUGACCCUCCUGCAGCUGUUGGGGGUCUGUAGACAUCACCCCCGGAUGCCCGGUGGAUCCCAGCUGCUCCCGUGUUUUCCAGAAACAGGGCAAGUUGAAUCUAGCUAUUAGGAAAAUGGAUUGAAGAAGUCUGCAUGUGAAGCUUCCUGAAACAGCACUGCCAAAGCUUUGGACUUGUCACCCGAGGCUGCCCAGACCUCCUAGCCCGAGUUCGUGUUGCCAAUAGCCCCCAUGGUGCCAAAUUUGGGAUGUUUUUACAGACUUUUAGAAACAAAGCAGGGAACGAAUGACCCGUGUCUGAGCCUGCAGUGAGAUGCCACACCCAGGGCCCGCCCGGUUAGUGCACGACUGCUGCUGCUGCUGCGCUGGUAAUCUGCACGCUUCCAAGGGGGUGGGACUGUGGGGUGGGGGGAAGGCAGGGACUUUUUUUUAUAAUUCAUUGUAUUUGUAAUUCUCUAAUCAAAGAAAUAAACAAUACCUACAUAGAAAAUUCCAGAGCUAGCUCCCAAGACCUGCGUUUAUUUUCUGUGACCAGUUAGCCCAAGGCACUUAACUCUGAAGUGGCUGGUCCAAUACGCAUAUGUACACAUCACUGGCCACCAGUGGCUACAGUCUAUUCCUGCCUUAGAUAGAAGGUAUUGGCUUCUUGAGUCUUGUCUAUAUAAUAAGCGUAUUACAGAGAGUUUCAUAGUGUGAAGGAGCAUAUGCAACCUGGAUCAUUAAAACAGGCCUGAUUUUAUACAACUCUAAUGAUUUCAACCCAGGUACAUUUUCUGCAAAUGGGAUUGUGUGAGAGUGGUGACAUUAUCGUUUCAAUCCUAUCUGAAGCCAUUCUAGGAAAUUGAAUACACUAUUGAAUUGGAUCACUGGGAUAUCUGACAACAUAUGAGGGAUUCACAAAGUCAGUGCUCACUCCUUUCUUUGCCAGGUGUACCUCGAUUUUUCUCAUUUUUUCCCUUGAGUUGUUGCCAGAUCAAACUCUUUUGGAACAGUGUCAAUACAGAAGGUUUAGAAAGGGUAACAAUUCAUUGUACAUUUGAAAAUAUAGGAAAUACAUACUCUAGAUAUUAUUUCCAAUGAUUUCAGAAAAGUAUUUCCUCGUUUUGACCCAUCAUGAGACUGAUCUCCCCUUAAUGUUACCCCCAAUUGCCUUAGCUCGUCACACCAGCACUCCUGACCCAGAAAUGACACGACUGUUACCAUGCUGGGGUCUAUUUAACUGUCUCUAGAUUUAGUUGCUGAGAUCUAGACUUUUGAGCUAGUUAGCUGCACACUACAGGAGGAAUCGAAUCCCAGUGUUCCCCAAAGUCUGCUUUACAGAACACAAGAUCCAAAGAUACUCUUCCAAAUACAGGGUUUCAGGGUCAAAUGACUUUGGAAAACAUACUAUCUUUGAAAGGUGGUAUGUAUAAGCCCAUUGAAGGUUCCAAUUUAAAUGUCCUGCAGAGGAGAAGAAACACAUCACAGAUGAAUUGCAGUUAACUGAGUGUUUUGCAGAUGAAUUGGACCACAGAAACUUUUUUGAGUGACACCUAGUAACAUUCCAAAGAGCAUGUGUUCCACAGAAUCCACUUUGGGAAAUUCUGGUAUGUGGAAAUAUUACUGUUUUUCUCAUUUACUAUGACUCUUUGUCAUAGCAGUACAAUCUUGCAGUUUAGAAGCACUAGUCCAUUCAAGGAAGAAGCUGACCUGAUAAUGAAAGCAGUGUUAAGAAAUAGUAUGAUUUAAUAUGACCAUCAACAGCCUUGCAUUGAUAGCAGAAGCCUGACUACCCUACAUGAAGCUCUAACCACUGUUUCCCUUAUUUUAUGUGAAUAAUAAGCAAGAGCGUUACCAUAACUAGGGAUUUCUCAAAUUCAUAUCAAGAGCUUUCAGUUGCUUCUUUGAAUUUAUCUUGGCAUUCCAGAUUGAAUCAAAAUAAAUAUUUUUACAUUUCAUCACUAUGUGAGAGUAAAAAAUUUUUUAAAAAUUAAAAAUAAUAGAAAAUGGGGGGAAGUUAUAUUUCGUUUUAAAAUUUUUAACUAGAUUUUAAAAUUCAUGUAUCCAUUGUAUAACACAAAUGUAAACUAUUAACACUUAUUUACUCCCUUUCCUGUGUGUUUUUGUUUUUCUGGAUUGAAUGAAAUAAUUUAAAAUCAAUCAAAGCUCAUUUCUUCUAAAACCCAUCCCUUGCCAUCACACCUUUCACAUUGUGUAUGUAGAAUGAAGUUUGGCACGUUAUCUCUUGUCUAAAAUGUCAGGCUUGACUCUAGUUAAAUAGUCAUCACUCCCAGCUUGGGCAGUGGGUUUAGGAAACUGAGAGAUAAUCCCCAAAUAAUGAAUGAGACGAAUCUAGUUGAAAACAUGGUACAAAGUGAUUUUGGGUGAAGUCAUUUUCUUAAAAUUACAUCCAAUGUUUAGGAAUACACCCACCCUCUGGAUGUUAUCCCAAAUAGUAAAAAAC